UCUCAAACAACAAAUAUUAUCGGACCACUGUGUGUUUGUGGUUAUCCCAUAAACGCGUUUCGGGCGUCAGUUCCAGCCAAUCUCACGAAUUUAACGCAGUAAAUGUGUUUAUUUUGAUUCAAAAUUGGAACUUCCGACGAGUUUAUUCCGCACAUCAAGUGGCACAUCCAUAGAUAGUGCGAUUUUAUCGCAAAAUUAGUGUUUAAUAAGUGUUUUCGAUUGCCUAAAAGUCCAAAAAAAUGAGUGAUACAACAGAUAUGGAAAAAUUACGCAUUCUCACAAUGUGGGAAUGUGGAAAAAGCACAGCGGAGAUAGCAAAAUCAGUAAAUAAAUCUGCGAGAACAGUCCAGAGAUGGUUGGCACAUCAAAAACGUGAAGGCAACAUGCAGAAAAAACCUCGUGGUCUACGUCCACGCAAAACAACACCUGAAGAAGACGCAAAAAUUAUCCAACUAGUUCGAGAAAACCCCGAAUUAACACAAAAAGAAAUCCUAACUAUUUGUAAUCUCAAUAUCUACAAAGGUACACUUCGUAAACGGAUACAAGAAGCCAAUGGGAUCUACAAAAUAGAUUUAUUUGCUGAUUCAAAGGCCAAAAGUGGACAGAAAAGCCCUAAGAAACGAGGAAAAACUAAAAAAUCACAUGAAAAUGACACAAUUACACCUGCUAUAUUAAAAACAGAGACUACAGAAAUAAAAGAAAUAAAAGAAACAAAAGAAGAGCUUCCAUCUCUUAUACAACCUGUUGCAGAAGUUGAACCAACAACAAAAGUAUUACUAGACAUAUUAAUGAGUCCACAAGCCGAUCACUUUGAUACAACAGAAGUUAAUGUUGAAGAUAAUCUCUUUACAAUCACAGAAAACACAAUGGAAAGCACGCAAGUUUAUACAAAAGAUGAAAUUUUACCCACAAAUACAAAUGAUUCAAGUAAUAUGCAUGAUCUAAGUAAUUCUUCACUUCCCAAAAGCGAAACUAUAAUACCUGAUGAAUUAUCUAAUGAAAUAACUGUUGAUCAUCAUGAUUUUAUCCAAAAUGAAGAUGAACAUGACCGACAACAAAAUAAUCAACAACAUUUAGAAGUAGUGAUUCAAGUAAACGAAGAGGAACAGUUAAAGUUUCAUAAGAAACGCGGACCGAAAACAAAAAUUUCUCAUUCUCAGGAAGAAAAUAAUGUGACACCACAAACACCUGUUGAUGAUGAUUGUAUAUAUACAAGAAAAAGACGUCCGAAAGUAGAGGUGAAUUAUGUUGAAGAACAAGAAGACGAUGAUAAGAAAAGUGUUUGUGAUGUUGAAGUAAAAGAUCAGCCUAAGAAACGAGGCAGGAAGAGAAAAGGAAGAGAAGUUGGUGAUGAAAGUUGUUAUAAAUUAGAGAAAGAGAAAGAAAAGACUACGACUAAAAGAGCAAAGAGGAAAAUGCCUAAAGAAAAAACACAAUGGGAGAAGGACAGGAAGGACACGACUGAUAUAGAGAAGAAGAAAAUAUUGAUUAUGGCGGAAUGCGGGAUGACAACAGAGGAUAUUGCAAGAUCAUUGAAGAAAUCUAGAAGAACUGUCCAAAGAUGGUUAAGCAAACACAGCAAAGGCCUAAACCUAGACAAAAAAGAACGUGGCCGGCGUCCACGCAAAACAACCCCCGAGGAAGACGCCCGAAUCAUCCAACUAGUAAAAGAAAACCCCCACCUAUCACGCAAAGAAAUUCUAAACUUAGCAAACAUAAACCUGCACAAAGUAACGCUGAAAAACCGCCUCAACGAAGCCGGGAUGUUCUUCAACAGUCAAGGCGUGAAGAUCCUCGACUUCACCGAUCAGAACUCAAAUCAAACAGUUGAUAAGCAGUCAAUAAACCGUCCGAAAUACGAGGUGUUAAAUCUCUAUCUAAACGUGAAUAGUGUCAAGGACGAACGCGACAGAGACAGGAAAAUGCAACAUUUUGUUGGGCAUGAUAUAAACAUAGAUAACGAUCGUGAUAACGAAGCGAAUACGAUUAUCACGUGUUCAUCACUCACACCAACACCGGCGAUUACGAAUGCCAUCUUGACUUGUCCAACACUGUCUACUACUUUGAUUAUUACUAAUCCGGGUGAGAAUGGGGAGAAUAAUCAAAGUAUAGAGUAUGUUAAUGUUAAUGAGGCACAUGGGGAGGAUGGUGGAGGUGGGAAUUAUCAGGAUUACAACUUGUAUUAGUUGAAGAAUUUAAUAUUUUGAAGAUAUUAAGAGAGUUAUGUGGGAGAAACAAAUUAAAAGUGAUAAUAAACGGUGCAAAAUGUUUUUUAAGCAAAUGAGUAUGAUGAGAUCAUGAUGGAAAGAUGGAAAAUAAUUUAAUGAAUUGUGUUUAACUUUGGAAUCGUAAAUAAUAUGAAAUGUCUACUUGGAAUUGUUUACACUUUGUAUGCACUGAUAAGGCAUGAAUUGAAACAAUAAAAUGAAAAAAAUGAAGAAAAAAAACAUGCAUUGUUACUCAUAUUAUUGUAUAAUAAAGAUAAACUGAGAAAAAUAUGACUUGGAAACUCAAGAAAUUAAAAGAUAACCCCAGAAAUUCAUAAAAAUGAUAAUAUUCUACAUUUUAUCACUUGCAGAAACAGAAAUAACCAAAUAUUAGCACUUUUCUUCGAUAUUCUGCUUAAUCCUUACUAAUAUUAUAAAUGCGAAUGUCCUGAUGUUUGUUACACUUUCACGCAAAAACUACUUAACCGAUCAUCAUGAAAAUUUGUACACAUAUUCUUAGUGGUCCCCGAAUGGUUAUAGGCUACUUUUUAUUUAAUAAAAAAAAUUAUUUUAAAAAUAAAAUAAAGAAAUAGUUUAGCCAAUAA